CCCAUCACAUCCCCUGCUCUCCUCUGAUUGGCUAUCCAUCCCACCAAUCAGCUGCAGACAGAUCUCUUGUCACAUUCCCCAUGGUUUGAAUGGUCCGGUGUGCGGUGACACAUGGCGGGGAGGAUGGCGGCGCCGCUGCUGCUCCUGGUGCUGCUGUGUGCGGGGGGCCGCCCUACUGCCGGCUCUACAGAGGCGCUGAGCCCGGAGCGGAGCCUGGUGUGGGGCCCGGGGCUGCAGGCGGACAUCACUCUGCCCGUCCGCUACUUCUACAUCCAGGCUGUGAGCGGAGACGGCCGCAACUUCACCUCCUCCCCAGGAAACAAACCAUUCAAGGUUGUGAUUAAAGCCCUGUCCCCAAAAGAGUACGUCCGCAUCCAUGUGCCCGAUCCCCUGGACAGGAACGACGGCUCCUUCCUGAUGCGGUAUCGCAUGUAUGGGAGUGUUAGUGAGGGGCUGCUCAUCGAGGUGCAUCACCAGGACCGGCAGGUCGCUCAGUCUCCCUAUGUGCUGAAAGGACCAGUUUAUCAUGAGUACUGUGACUGUCCUGAAGAAGACCCUGAAAUUUGGCAGCAGACUCUUUCAUGUCCAUCCGAUGAAGCCCAGAUAUCCAAAGACUUUACCCCCUUCCCUUCUAUAGACCUGAACAGGAUGCUGGAGGAGGUGCCCAAGAGGUUUUCCGAGUCGCGUGGUGCCAUAGUUCAUUAUACGGUCCACAAUAAUCAGAUCUAUCGACGUUCCAUGGGCAAAUACACAGACUUCAAAAUGUUCUCUGAUGAAAUGUUGCAAUCGUUGGCAAGAAAGGUUCGCUUACCUGACUUUGAAUUUUACAUCAAUGUUGGCGAUUGGCCAGUAGAACAUCGGAAGGUCAAUGACACCCCUGGGCCAAUGCCAAUGAUUUCAUGGUGUGGAUCUGCCGAUUCUAGAGACAUCAUUCUACCAACCUAUGACAUUACCCAUUCUACGCUUGAAGCACUACGUGGGGUCACAAAUGACCUACUCUCUAUCCAGGGCCACACAGGCCCUUCAUGGGACAAUAAAACUGAACAGGCAUUUUUCAGGGGCCGAGACAGCCGAGAGGAGCGUCUGCAGUUAGUGCAAAUGUCUAAAAAGAAUCCUGAGCUUCUGGAUGCAGGGAUCACUGGUUACUUCUUCUUCCGAGAAAUGGAGAAGCAGCUGGGAAAAGCUCCACUCAUUGGAUUCUUCGACUUUUUUAAGUACAAAUACCAGGUGAACCUGGAUGGGACUGUGGCUGCCUACAGGUUUCCGUAUCUCAUGUUGGGGGACAGCCUGGUCCUGAAGCAGGAUUCCCCAUAUUAUGAACACUUCUACAGUAACCUAAAACCAGGGAAACACUACGUCCCCAUAAAACGCAACUUGGGAGAUUUGUUAGACAAGAUAAAGUGGGCCAAGGAAAAUGAUGGUGAGAUGAGGAAGAUCGCCAAAGAAGGUCAGACUCUUGCCAGGGAAUUGCUACAACCUCACAGACUCUACUGUUACUAUUAUAAAGUAUUCCAGAUGUAUGCCAAACGUCAAAUAAAUAAUCCAGAAAUCCGUGAUAAGAUGGAACCCGUGCCUCAACCGGAUGAUAACACCACUAUCUGCAAUUGUCACAGAAAGAAAAUGAAUGAGAAAGAAGAGUUAUAGUGUAUGGGGAGGAGAGCUGCAUUGCACUGAAAGCGGUACUGUGAUAGUGUGGCCAGUGACGGGCAUCACAGCUCCUGAAGAAUGGCCAUCAGCCAAGCACAAUUGUUCCUAUAGUUGUGAUGAGACCCAAGCAUUUAAACCUCCUGACAUGUCUAUAUGAUAUCUCAGAUGGUUAAAGGGGAUUUGUAAAUUACUUUUAUUAAAAAAUCUUAAUCCUUCCAGUACUUUUUUGGGG